CAUUUCAUGAUUGAGGGAAAAGCCUACAAAUAAUUUAAAAAAAGAGAACACAAUUUUGAACAAUGAAGAACAAAAAGAGGAACUCCGCAAGUCGUAACAAACGGUAUACAAAAAUAUUCUUUGUUAUAACGGAUGGCCAUUUCAGAAAAAGAUUUACCAAACACCGCACAAGGGCUGAAGUGAGAAAAAACGAGUUGCCACCAUCUAAAUGGCAGAAUUUAUCUUCAAGAUAUCCUUUGGCAACUAUACCAAGACCAACGGACGAAAGGCCCGACCCCACCCGCAAAUUGAAAAAAAUUGGGGAGCUCGUUAAGUUGCCGAGCAAAAGCAAAAAGUUUAAAAAACACGAAACUGGGAGAAAGGGUAAAUUGAAGAAAUUGAGUAAGAAAAAGGAUUUAGAUCAAGCCAGACCAUCAAUACCACGAAAGACACUUCAAAAAGUUGGUUCUACUGCAUCAAACGAUGCACCACCAAGUUGCAAAGAUGUUCAUAUAUCUCUUCCAGACUAUGAGCACAUGCCUAUUUUACCAAACGCAUCUCGUGUUACUGACGCGGGACGUCACUUGAACAUCUUCCAAAUUAUAACUAUCGUGAACAUGAUUUUUUCGUUAUUAUCUUCAGUCAUAUUGAUAUCUUUUUUAGAGUCCAGCAGAGAAGAUAUAUUGGAAAAUAACAAGGAUAUCAGUAAAAUGAAAAUCAACAUGGAACGAUUCCAAAGAGAUCUUUACCGCGAUGUUUACAAGAGAACAAACCCGUUAAAAUCUCAACUUUCUGUUAUUGAAGAAGACAUGUUGUUAAUUGCUGCUAAUUUAACGAAUUCAUCAAUGUUCAACAUAGAAGCACUUAGGUUUGAUACUGCCAAGAAGCUUAAUCUCAUGGAAAACAAUAUGUUAGAAGUGGAACAAAAUUUGAAAAAAUCAAAUCAGAACUUGAAUAAUUUAUUGGGUGGUGUUCAAUCAGAAAUAGGAGAAGUAAAACUUGGUGUCAGAAAUUUGUCGAGCAAUUCUUUGAGAUUUGAGAAUCAAUUAAAAGACAUUGAAAUUGAACAGGAAUCGAAUAAAAUGAAUAUAACUGUUCUUGUAGACACCAUUCAACAUAAAAUUGAAAGGCUGGAUCGAAACGUAACCAUGUAUGAGAAAAGUUUUCAAAUAGAGUUGUCUGAAGUUGAUGAAAAAGUAGAAAAACUUGAAAAUUUUCAACUGCAGGAAACAAAUAAAACUAAUAUUCUCCUACGGGACGCUGAGGAGCAGCAGAAAAUGGUUGAUCUAGCGUUAUCGAAACUUGAAACAACUGAAACUUCUUUGCUAAAUUUGAAGACUGAAAUAAUAGAUUUAUCGCAAUCGUUGUUCAUGAAUACAAAUAACUUAUCGUCUUUAUCAAAUGACGUGGAACGUUUUAGAAAUGAUUUGGAACAAAAGUUGGAAAACCUAACUGUGCUGUCUGAAAUACCAGUUCUUAACAGUGAACUGAGGAGAAUUAAAAGAGAUCUACAAGACGAGACGACAAAAGUUAAUGAGAACAAUAAAAGCCAUGGACAACAAUUAGAUUUGAUUAUGGAAAACAUCCACGAAAUAAACACAUCUGUCGUGAAGUUAGACAAAGAGACAAAGAACCUGUUGACAAUGUUAUCAUUUAAUGAUAAAAAAGUAGAUAAUGUACUCGCGGCAAAUAAAGUGAUAAAUGCUAGUAUCAAUGGAGUGACUGCAGAAAUGAAAAGUCGAAACGAUACAAUUUCAAAUUUGACAGAAUGGUUUGAUCAAAAUAACAACAGAGAUAAAUAUAUGAGAGAUGAAUUUGCACGAUUGCAAAAUGAGUCGGAAUAUUUCAAUAUCAGGAUACAAGACAUUGAAGCAAUAAUAGACUCGAAAGCCAGAUUGAAAGAAUUAAAAUCUCUCAGAGAAAAAAGAAAGCGCAUGGAAAAAUGGAGAAACCUGGAAAAACGAUACCAAAAUAUUACAAACUCCACAACAUCUUCUCUCAACAAAGAACAUAAAAAUCUGCGGAAUGAAGGCGUAGUUUUGUAUUCAGAAAAAUCGUUGGAAGAACUUGAAAACGCACUAGCAAAAUUAACCUCCGAUAUUGAUAAGAUAAAUAAUAAUUAUUCACGACUUUCUGAAAACACUAGCAAAUGUGAAAUACUUUUUGAAAAUGUUCAAAACUGGAAAGAAGUGACAAUGAAUAAUAAAGACAAUAUUGUAGAAAUAAAGAAGUCAAUGGAAAAUUUCAAAAACAGCGAAAACAUUGUUGACCAAUGCAUGGAACGAUUCUCAUCGGAUUAUUCUGAGCGGUUUGAAGAGUUUAAUAAGAAACUAAUGUCCGUGAAAAAGUUUGAAAAUUUACAUAAAAAUGAGUUGAAAAACUUUACCUCAAUAAUCAAUUCUCAAGCCCAAAACAUUGAGGAAUUGCAAAAUAAAUUGCAGGAAUGCACAAGUCAUACCGAAAAUAGUAUCGGAGAUAUGAAUAUAAAAAUUCAAAAUGUUAAUAAUCACUUGCAAGACUUUGAACAUUCCAUUAAUGAUUCUUUGAGUAGAGCGGUGACUAAGAUACAAAAUAUGGAAAGUUUGCAAAUGUCUUCGAAGAAAAAAUGGACGGAAAUAGAAAACCAAAUAACAAGUAUGCAAAAUCAAGAUCAACAAAAUGAAACUUCGCAACUAAUAAAUGAUGUAAAACUUUUAGAUGAUAAGGUCGAAGAUUUGACUGCCGAAGCUGAAAAAGUUCAAUCUGCUUUUAAAGAUUUGAUCUUGGAUUAUAGAGAUAUUAGAAACAUGAGUCACCUACUAGAAGUAGAACUUAAAAAAAAUAAAAAUAAUGUCGAAAACCAUACACGCACUUUUACAGAUGUAAACAGAAGAAUUGCUUCCUUGGAAGAGAAUCAAAUUCCUAAUGCAACGUUGGAAAAACUAAAAGCGGCAAUUAACAAUUCAAGAAAAGAUUGCGAAGCAAAAAUUAUUGAUGCAAUAAAUAUGCUAGAAAAAGAUAUAUUUUCAUCGUCUGAGAAAGUUCAGUCUGAAAUCAUAAAUAUAAAAAGAGAAUUGAAUAGUUUGGUAACAAACCUAAAUACAGACAAUGACCAGACAAUCAUGACAAUGACCGAAGAACAUCUAAAAAUUGAAAAAUAUUUGACUCAAGUCAACGGCUCUCUGGAUGCGAUGCAACUUGAUGUUAAUGGCAUUAAAAACGAUCUGGAAACAUUUCAGAACAUACGCCGUGAACUUGAUACAUUGGAUAAUAAAAUCAAAGUGUUGUCUACCAAAUUGAACAACGUAACUUCUAAAUUACAAAGAAUGCAAUUUGAUAUAAAUAGUGAAGAGACAUAUACCACUAACAUAAAUGAAAAUUCAUUCCGAGAACUGAAUGAAACGUGUUCAAACCUCAUGAAUGAAAUCGACUCAAUAAAGAAAAACUUUAAAGAGGACAGAACAUACGACGAACUCUUUUCAAGUUUGGAAACGUUGUCCAUCGACUUAGCAAAAACAAAUUAACGGUUAAAUAGUAUCGAUUAUAACACUGGUGAACUAAAGACAGAAGUAGUGAAUUUGAACACAUUGCUUGAUGAGAUAAUGACAAAGUAGGAUGAAUUAUCAAAUCUAAUUCUACUUGUGAAUUCACGUGCAAUUCACAUCACGAAACAUCAUACU